AUGACAGGGACCAGCCUGACCAUCAGGCUCACCAUGAGCUCGUCCUCUGGCCUGGCCUCUGCAACCAUCAUGGGCUACUUCCUCCGCCUGCUGCAGCUGCUCUCCACCUGCCUGGCCUUCUCGCUGGUGGCUACCACUGACACUUGGAGGGAGACCAUAGGCAACUGGUCCAUGUUCAUCUGGUGCUUCUGUUUCGUCGUGACCCUCCUUACUUUCAUAGUCGAGUUAUGUGGGCUCCAGUUCCUCUGGCCCUUUUCCUGGGACGAUUUUCUCAUCAACUAUGCCUCCUACUCCACCCUCCUCUGCCUCUCGGCCUCCAUUAUUUACCCCACCACGUACAUCCAGAUCGUCCCUCGUGGCAACUCCCGGAACCAUGCCAUUGCUGCUACUGCUUUCUCCUGCCUCGCGUCUGUGACUUAUGCCACUGAAGUGGCCUGGAUCUAUGCGUGGCCCAGCCAGAUCACCUGCUAUGUGCUCCCCAUGCCGGGACUGCUCAAGGGGCUAGAGAACUUCGUGGCCUGUGUCAUCUUUGCCUUCAUCAGCAACACCUCCCUGUACCUGCACCAGCCGGCCCUGGUGUGGUGUGUGGCCGUGUACUCCAUCUGCCUCUUCCUGGGGGCCGUGGCCCUCCUGCUGUAUCUGAGAGGCUAUAGCAACAAGUUGCCCAUUUGCUUCCCCAUUUUCCUGUUGGGGUUGGCCCUGCUCUCCGUCUUCCUCUACGCCAGCGCUCUGGUCCUCUGGCUGCUCUACCAGUUCGACGAGAAUUUUGGCGGUCAGCCCCAGCGGUCCAGUGAUAUGAGCUGCCGCCAUCAAUUCACCCACUUGGUGUGCAUCUGGGACCAAAGACUGGUUGUAGCCAUCUUGACAGCGGUCAACCUGCUGAUUUACAUGGCCGACCUGGGGUACUGGGCCCGCUGGGUCUUUGUUAGGGACUGAGGACCAGCCCAGGGACUCCUGAUCCCCUCUGCUCACAGGAGGUAUCUUCACCAAGCUCUGGAGUCCUCUGAUGUCUUCUUCCUGGCUCCCUCUCUCCUUCCUCACAUCCUUCCCCACUUACCUCUCUAUCUUUUCUGUUUCCUUCCCUCCUCCUGCUCUGUCUCCUUCCUGUGUGGUUGCCCACACCCUGUUUUACUGUUUUCUCUUGCUGCUCUCAUCUUUUCUACAUUUUCUGCUUUCUGCCCCUUUUCUGGUCAUCCUUGGUUUCUCAUCUCCUGUGUCCUGACCACCUCUCCCCAUUUUCCUUUUUCUGAUCCAUCAGGACCUGAGACUUCUUCGUUCUCUGCCCACCGCCCCCUCCCACCUCCUAAGGUGCUGACUCCAAAGCACACAGCCCUCUGUGCAGCUGUUCACACCCUGGGCCUCCGGAGGGGCCUCAUUGCCAAAGUGUGUCUGUCCCCCUGUGGGUGUCUUAGUUGGUGUGUGUGUGUGUGUGUGUUUUGGGGUGGGAGUAGGUAGAUAGGCAUCGGGCUCACUUUCUCCCAGUAGAGGGGGGUGCACAGCGUGUCUCCCAUUUAAGUUGAAAAGAAGUAUCUGGAGGUCAAUAAUGUCCAACGGGCAGGAUACUCAAAGCAGAGACCUUCGAUCCGUGGGCCCCACCUGGUGCUCAGCCUCACCUGAGAUUGGCUCCAGAAUUUUUGCAGGCUUACUAAACACCGACUGACUAAAGGGCAUUUUAGAGGAAGCCAGGAGUGAAUGCCUUCCAGCCCAACUACUCUGUGGAAUCAAAGGAGCUCUUGAUGAACCCCAGGGUCUUGAAGACACCUGUCUGCAAUGUUGGUGAGGGGCAGUAAUGUGGCCCUCCUGUCUCAGUGAUCAAAACAGCUUGUCCUGCCUCUGCAGGGAGAAGAGCAUGGAUCCACCAGCCUUAGAAGUGAUGUAAAUGUGGACAAAGAAUUCUGCCUGCAUUUUCAGAAAACAGUGAAUUAUCUUGUCCAUCAUGUCCUCAGGGCGUCAGCCUCUGUUUCAGCCCUAAUAUCCUAUCCUGAGGGGAAUUCAGGAUGGAGAAAAACAAGUCAAUGGUUUUGCUGACUACAGAAGGCACCCAGGGAAAGCUUCUCCUCUUCUCCUGAACUCUAUGAAGCACUGAGCCUUCUAUACCACCAGAGGCCUGUUGCGCCCAUCUGCCUCCUUAGGGAGUCCAGAUGAACUGAGAGUCCUCUGAAAGUUCUGCUAUGUCUCUGGAUCUUCUGUCUUCACAUCCCCUAGACUGAAUGUCUCUGCAUUAAGCCAGAUGCUCCUUCAGGACAGGAACCAGCUUCGUUGUGGGGUCUGCAGUGCCCAGCACACAGCAAACAUGCGGUAAAUCAUUGUUUAGAGCAGAAGUGCAUAGAGCCUCCCCGGAUUCCUCAUGCAACCGCAACUGUGCCCCCAUCUCCAGACCUUCCACCCUCCUGGCUGUCUGCGAUGAUGAGUUGUGGAGCCACACAUGGUGCCUCACAUGUUUCCAGUGACAUUCGGUCUCCAGUGCUCGUUGUUCUAUGGUCCCUUAACUCUCCAGAUCCCACAACUCUCUUACACGUAAUCUCGAGAUGGCGACUUGUUCCCUGCUCAAGAUCUUGCACAAGCUGUUCCCUCUACCGUCAACGUGGCCACCUCUUUGCCAGUCUUCAGUUCUCAGUUGAAAUGUCACCUGUGUAGGAGAAUCUUCCAAAACUCAUCUGCUCCGUCCCACGACCAUUGUUCUCUUCAUCGUGUUGGUCACUUCCUGAGGUUACCUUGUUAGAGGAUUUAACUAGUUUAUGGAUUUGUCAUCUGACACACCCACUGGAGCAGAGCUCCAUGCAAAUAAGCAUCUAGUCUCUGUGGUCACCUCUGGGUCUCUGGGCCAAGUCCAUCCAGGGCGUAGUUUGGACAAAUGAACAACUGGAAUCAGUGAUCAUUGGAAAAGGGGGUGUUCUUAUCACAUGUAGACAAAGUGAUAAUUAUUAUGAUAAAGUGGAUGGGGAGGGAACUUUGGGUGGUGAUGAAAAAGUUUAUGGCCUUGAGACUGUUGAUGGUUUCAUGAAGUGUAUAUUUAUCUGAAAACGCAUCGAGUUGUAUACAGAACAGUUUCAUGUCAAUAAUACCUAAAUAAAGAAGUUUUUUA